AAGAAGAAGAAGAAGAAGAAGAAGAAGAAGAAGAAGAAGAAGAAGAAGGCGGCCGCACAGGGCCUGGACCCCGGGGAGGGACUAGAGAGGAGGAGGGGAGAAAGUUAGUUCCCGGAGUCAUGGGGCGGAGCUAGGAGCCCGGGAACCCCGCGAGUCCGUGUUCCACAUCCUCCCCGGAAAAGCGCUCGCCAGCCUAUAAAGCGCGGGCGCAGGCGGGAGACAAGAACUGCCUGACAGUGGCUAUGGACCAGAGCACACUGGAUGCGGAGGACGCCGCCGAGGCCAGGCAUCCCUCAGGUACUAUGCGCCCCAUGAAUGCCGCGCUCCCCACAGUUGCUGCGCGUGCAGCCGCUGCUGAGCUCCCCUCGGAUGCUGCGUUCCUCGCAGACACCAAGCGCCCAGUGGAUGCUGAGCACCCUGAGGAUGCUGCGGGCCCCACGGUUAAUGUUCAGGACCCCGAGGCAUGCGCGUGGCCGCCCGCCCCGCACUCGUAUUCCCGCUGCCAGGUGCUCUACGGCCUAGGCGCCUUGGUGGUGCUACUGCUCGUCAGUGGCCUGAUCGCUUUCUUCACCCUCAUCUCGACCCUGCCGGCGCUCAAAAUCACCACCUCGCCCCCCUUGGGGACCCCAGAGAAGACUCCAAACCUGACAGGCACCCAUGUUCACCAAACUGGCUGCCCCAACACUGCAGGGCAGGGGUCUCCGGUGUUCGCCAAGCUACAGGCUAAAAACCAAGCAUUGCUGGAAAAUAGGACCCUGAGUUGGCACAGCCAAAAUGGAGCCGGGAGCUCGUACCUGUCCCAGGGUCUGAGGUACGACGAGGAGCAACGGGAGUUGGUGGUGGACAAGGCUGGGCUCUACUUUGUGGCCUUACAACUGAAGCUCAGUCCAGUGUCCAGAAACAUGGAGCACGAGGUGCGGGGCCAGGUCUCUCUUGUUCUGCAGCUGGAUCCCCAGGUAGAUGGCCUGGACAGCUCCGCCCUGACUGUGGACCUGUCCCCUUGCUCCAUGGAGGCCAACUUAGUGGAGGGUUCCUGGAGUGACCUGAUACUCCUGAAGGCUGGCCACCGCCUCAGUGUGAGUCUGAGGGCCUAUCUACAUGGAGCCCAGGAGGCCUACAAAGACUGGCAACUCUCUCAGACUAAUUUCACCAGCUUUGUCCUCUUCCUCGUGGAACCUGACACUCCGCGGGAAUUGUCAUCCACACGAUAGUGGCACAUGGGUGCUGCCAGCCACCCUUCUUGUGACCCUUGGUUGCUGAGACCCCAAGCUGCUAUAUCUCCUGGGGCUUGAGCAGGGGUCCCCUCUUCCAGGACUCUCCCCGUUCCCUGUCCUUGACUGGACUCAGUAUUUAUUGUGAGCAGAGCUCAGACAACACUUUAUAUGAUUCAUCGGACAGCAUUAGAAAACCGUUAGCGCUAUCAGGAAGCCAGCCACUGAAACCCCCAAAG